AAUGCAAGAGAGGUUUCAAUAGACUUCUAUUUAAGACUGCCGGAUAUCUCCAAGUUGUUCAGUUAGGUUUUUAUAUCAUUUUGUAAUGUAUAAUCACGUAAUCGGUUGUCUAAUUUAUCAGAUGAUGCCAGCGGGCUCGGGGAUCUUUCACUGGUUGACAAUGUUAAUUGCCUAAUAUCGCAUAUCACAACUAUCAUACUACUUCACUACUUGACGUAAAACUUAAUAAGGGAAAGCAUUAAAGAUCGCUUGAUUCACGCGUGGGUAUAAAGUACCGUCACAAGCCCCGUUUGUCAUAGUACAAAGUGAAACAGAGAGAGUGCACUAGUCUAGUUUCUGAAAGAAAUAUCUUCUAAGUCUGAUCUGUUGCAGUCGAUCAGUGGCAGAUAUCAUCCAGCUUUAUAUUGACCAUCCAGCUCCAAAUAUAAUCACAUUCACCGAUGGCUAACACCACCAAUGGUACCAAUGCUCCAGCAAUCGCAUGUUUCAGCGCCGCAAAGGUAGCUUGUUAUUCAUUGAUUCUAGUUAUAUCGUUGGUUGGCAACAUUCUAGUCAUCCUUGUGGUGUACAAGAACAAAAACAUGAGAAAAACCAUUAACUAUUUCAUUGUAAACAUGGCAGCCUCCGACUUACUUACUCCUCUCGUUGUCAUGCCUCUGCAAAUUGCACGUACUUUAAUGUUACUUCAAUGGGCUGUGCCUGGAAAAUUUGGUGAAGCCUUGUGCAAGAUUGCUUUCUUUUUGACGGAGCUCCCAGGUCCUGUAUCUGAUCUCAGUCUAAUUUGCAUGGCGUUUGAUCGGUUCGUUGGGGUUGUUUUUCCACUACGCGUUGGGCUGAUAUCAUCCCGAGUACGAGUAAGUAUGAUCAUAUUUACCUGGGCCAUACCGGUGGGUUUCGCUGCGACGUCGUUAUACGGCUUCAGACUGGGACAAAAAGGUCAAAAACAUUACUGUUACUGGCGGUGGCACGAUGAUCCCUCUAUACAUACACAAGUUCACCGAAAUUACUUCACCGUCGCUUCAUCUGUCUUUUUCAUUGCUCCACUGGUAUUGCUAAUUCUUCUCUACUCCGUUAUACUUAUAACCCUUGGCAAGCGCAAGUUUCCUCGAGUAAACCAGUCCCAAGAAGCAAAGAAAAGAAACCGUCGAGUAUCUAGAAGCGCCACUGUGAUCGCUCUAACCAUUGUGCUGGUAUUUUGGAUUUGCUGGUGUCCCUACAAUACAUACAUGUUUCUGGUGGCUUUUCAAUAUAAUUGGAAAUUUCCCAGGGAAUGCAGUAAGCUACUUGUCUUUACCAUUUCUCAGACGCUCACCUACGCUAACUCUGCGAUCAACCCGUGCAUCUACUUCGUCCUUAUUGAGAACUACAGAAAGGGACUACGAACCGUCCUUCCAAGAACGCUAUCUGCCUCUUUUGCGGGUAACAGUAGCUUGAAGGUCACACGAAAUGUUAACAGGCAAGACACCCAGGUGAAUGACGAUGGAGAUUGCCUUGAGCUUGUUGAGCAACCAACAGUGAACUCUUAGAUUGGCAAACUUACGCUUUGAGUAUCAGGAGAAAGAAAAAACAUUUAUGUGUAAGCACCAAUCCUUAGUGCAUGCAAGAAAACUAACAGAGGGUUGUUGACAGGAUUCAUCUCCCGCGGGCACUGCAACUGAAAGGGAGAAAUAUAUAGUACUACAUAGCUGGGCUUGUUUUUGCAAAUAUAUCGUUUCAUGAUCGCAGAAAACCGUAUAGGCCCAUGAAGUGCUUAACAAAUUUAACAAGUAUUUCGUUGGGUUGUCAACUGAAAGCAUCUUUGUUAAUGCAUAAAUUACAACUUUCUUCGUGUACAUAGAUCCAUUGUUCAGCAAUAUUCUUGUUACAAAAAUAUAAUUAUUCAUUGAAAAGUAGACGAUAGUCUUCAUUGCGUAGGUCGUUAUUGUUAUUUAGCACGGAAUGUGCUUCCAGUCAAAACAAUGCUUUCUCAAAGAACAGAAGUAAUAGCCUUAGAGUACGGAAAAAACAUUGCGUUCAGCCUUAAUUGAUAACAUCAAAUUCGACAUGUUUUUUCCAGUUGUGUGUGGAAAUAAGUGACAAGCUUCGUCAAAUAUCCAGACUUUAACGCGCGCGCCAAAAUCGUUUGAGCGUGCGCUAAUUUAUGGCGGGAAAACUACCCGAUGUAUAUAGCAAUGCUUAAUAGAAAUUUCAUAGUCUGUUGGUACAAUAGUUAGCGGAUAUAGUGAUUUUAGCUGAUAAUUCUGUGAAUCUAAACCUUUUCUCUCAAUGAUAAAGGAUUUUUCCUGCGGGGGAUUUCUGAGAGUAAAAGACAGUUUAGAUAAAACAAGGAAUAGCAAAAGAGCAAAAAGCAUGAUAAUUAUUCUUUACAGUAAUACUAUAAGUCUUGAACGGUGUAUAGCAAAAAAAGACAUAAAAUUAACCAUUAAAAAUUAGAUACAAAAUGA